AUGGAAAAGGAGCAACCCCAAACUUCUCAAAUGGGUAAAUACAUUGUUGAAUUAGAAAAUAUUGAACAUCAAACAAAUAAUAUUGAAGAUAUGUUAAUGUUGUGUUGUUAUGAUAUUAAUCAACAUCAGUCUGAAUAUAAUCAAAUUGUUGAUGAUGUAAAUCAACUUAAUACCAAUUUACUUUCUAUUCAAGAAAAGCAAAAAAAGUUAUCUUCUAUUAUAGAGUCAAAUCAACAACAAGCUGAUAAAUUAACUCGAUUAAUUAUGUUAAAAAACCCUGACUUACUAAAUUCUUAUAAUGGUACUUUAUUACGAAAAAAGUCAUUAUGUGAAAUAGAACAAAUGAUUGUUUUACUUUCUCAACAAAUACAAUUACUUCAAAAUAAAAUAGAUAAUAUUACUUUUAAAUCUCUUCCUAUUGAACAAAUAAAUUACCUUAAAAAUCAACUAAUAAAACAGUUUGUUAUCCUUUUUUUUUAUUAA